AUGCAACAUGCAUCACUUGAACCAUUUAUUAUCGCUGAUAAAUAUUACAAUGAACUAGCUAAUUUUACACAGAAAAAUGAUAGGCCAGUAACUUAUUUGUGUGUAAUUGACAAAGAAAAGUUGGAUCUCGCUGAACAAAGAGUAAAUAUCCUUGAACAAAAAGCUCUAUAUGGUACUCUUCAUGGGAUGUAUAAGAAAGCUAUACAAAAAACUUUACAAUUGAAGUCAAGUUCAAGCUGUCUAAUUAAGGUAUUGCAAGAAUUUACUAAUGAGGAUGACGAGAAUGAUGAUGAAUUGUCUAGUGAAGUGAAGAUUUUACAAGUGAUAAAGAAAACACUGCUCUUGAACCGUGUUAACUGCAAAAUCCUAAAAGAAAGUGGGGCAGAGGAAGACCAGCUGGCACAAAACGAAUUAAAGCAUCGUAUAAAACAAAUAAUGAUAAGGGAAAACAGCAACGACGUUAUAAAAAAUGUGGGAAUUAUGGUCAUUAUCAAAAAAACUGUAAUGUUUAAAAUUCUUUGUUUUAUAAUUUAA